CUUCGUUAAUCUUCUUGUUCGCCUCUGCUCCCUUCCCUUUCCUUCUUCCCGACGUCCUUCAACCGCACCACCGCACGUCCAUCGCUCGUCAUAGCCUUUUGCCUACGGAUUCCAUCUACCAUCGCGCUGCGGUCGCCGAACUUUCUGUGCUCUUUUUUUUUUUUUUUUUUUUUUUUUUUUUGUGCGUUUUUUUUAGAGUAGUUUUUGGUUGUUGUUUUUGUUAUUGUGUGCAUGUGAGCGCGCGCGUGUGCGUAUCAUUUUCAGUUCGGUUCUUCGAGGGAGGAAAGAGAGGAGCCGAGAGCUGAGUGAGUGCGCUGUUUUUUGCACGCGGUGGUGCUUGGCUUGCGGUGUGGUGUCACAUGGUGCGGUGCGGUGAUGUGAUGUGAUUUUCGGUUCAUGCCAUGUUAGCUUCCUAGAUUUGCGCCUUGGGUGGAAUUGUGGCCUGUGGAUGCUGCUACUCGCUUUUUGCGCGUUCGGAGGUGGUGCGGAAGACUGUCGCGCGCGCUCGAAGAUGGAGUUAGCUCCUAGGGUUUGCUUUGGCAAGGCUCUUUCUCUAUUCCAGCUGCUACAUUGAGGCUUCUCGUUCACACGUCUGUUUUACGGGAGUGCAUGGAGGCAGGGGUAAUGUUGAUUGGCCUGUCAUUAGUGUUCAAGAGUCUAACCUUGCGGCAUGCGUGGAGGAAUUUUCCAGAAGCGGAUCAAACGUCAGCUGAAUUGGUAUCGGGCUCUGAAGUUUUUCCGGAUGUUGGUGAUUUGAUGUGGGACUGCGGGAAGGCAGCAGCCCCUGACCGUUUUAACUGCAUGGAUAGAAGUCGAGGCUUUGGUGGCCACCAGUUUGAAGGACGACCUCAGUUUCCGCGGCCCGAUUUUGUCCGCAAUUGUUUCAAUUGUGGGCAGCCGGGACAUUUAGCUAGGGAAUGCUCACAGAGAGUCUUCAGGGGUGUUGGUUUACACGUUGAUUUUUUCGGAAGGGGUGUUCAACAGCAGCGGGCUUGGCCUUACACUGGAAUUAGGCCUAUAGGUUUACAUCCUAGAGAAGCUGCCUUCUUAUUGAACAGAGACGAUGGGCCACAUGGAUGGCAGCAACAGUUUACUGGUGACUUCCCGGAUUCUCUCAUGCCUGGAUAUGUCGGUCGGGAAUCUGGAAAUCGGAAUGUUGCCUUUAUGCAGAAUCGAGUGGGUGACAGAUCCAGAGAUAGGCGUAACGGGUGGGCGGAUUUCAAUCCUUCUCCAAAUUCACGGGCCGCUGAUGAAAGCAACAGAAAGAUCUCGUCUAGGCGACCUGUAGGGAAAGCGCGUAGCAGUCCUAAACGUAAUGCUGCACCAAGAAAGGAUUCCGAGGACAACGAUGGGUGCUUCCAGGCCCUUGCUAAUGCUAGCUCUAGCGCUGGCGAGGAGGGUAGAAUUGUUUCUUCAACGAAAGAAAAAGCUACUACAAUCUCUUCUGCAGGAAGCGAUGAAUUGUCUGGGAUCAAACCUCCAAUGGAAAGCGAUCGUGGCUCUGAAUUUGCUUCAGACAACCCCGAUUCGAAGGUUGGUGUUUCUGCAGGCGCUGGGCCUGAGGUCACAAGAGCUUUAUGUAUCAACGAAGCAGAACACAAGAGUCAAGAUCAGGACUCUUGUAUCAAUGGGAGUAACGCAGGACCAUCUCAAGUGGUGAAGGGAGAGAGUCUAGUUUCAGAUCUAGAGAACGGGGAAUUGCAAUCUGAGGGUGAUGCUAAUGAACUAGUCCCUCAACAAUCUUCUGCGGAGCUUAGUGCUAAUGCGGGAGACAAAUCUGCAUCGAAGAUUAUGCAUUGUCCAGGCGUGGAAGUUGGUAAGAUGAAAUCCGUAGUUGAUAAUGAAAUAGAAGUGCGGUUGUGUGCAGACAACUCUUCUAGUUUGAGGACCGAUAUCACCGCAAAAGAAAUUGGGACAGAUGAUUGCUUAGAAAGUAAAUUUGAUGGACAGAGUAGAGAAGGAACUGAGUGGUUAUCAGCGAGAAAGGAUGUACAUCAAUCUGGACAGGAAGUUGUCUACCGGGGUGCUUCGCAGAGUAACAGUAGCCCUGCAGGUCUUGUGGGUGGUAACAAUGUCAGGAAUCGGGAUGGUGAGUUGAACCACUGUAAUGACGGAAGUGCGGAUCCUUUGGCCUCGAGUGACACUUUGAACAGGCACAGUGAUUGGAACUCGUCGGGAGGAGAGUUAAUGUCUAGUGCUACUAAUUUUAACGCAAAUAGUCGUGCUCUCAGCUCUACUCCGUCUGCCUACAAACACAAGGAGUCUAAGCGUUCAUCUGAUAUGGGUGCUUGUAUGCCUGCUCGUGACCUUAAUUUGAACUCAGGGUGGGGAGGACGUCACUCUAUUGAUCGGAAUAAUUCUCAUAGAUCAAAUGAACGUGGAGAGGCUCUAAAUAUUGACUCUGGAGGGUUUGCGGGGUCAUUGCAUAAUUACAACACUAGUUCUUUUCCGAGACGGCAAUUCCAGUCAGAGCAUAUGAUAAGGAACGACGGAACGAAUGAGUGGUCAUCGGCAGAAAAAAAGCUUUCUUUGCACUCGAAACAGGUUGUAGGACCUCGGUCUCAGAAAAAUUGUACAGCCUCUCAAGCAGACGUUGGCGUCGGGUUAGUGAAUGGAGGUGAAAGGUUCAACAAUAUCGGAAAGCCAAACGCGCACAACAUGGGGGGUGUGAGUUCCGCUGAUGUAAAAGAAUCUUCGAAGGCAGUGGAAGAAGCUAACAUAGAAUCAGAUAUGUGCGAGGAACAGUAUAAUAUUGAUGCACGGGUGGAGAAGCUGAUGCUGAAUUUUCCUUUAGUUCAAGGCAGAGAGCAAGACAGUGUUGCAGAUGCCCUGAUGGCUGCAUCACAGCGAAUUAUUGAGGAUGACUUCGAGUGCGGGAGUGAAGGACUAUCGACUGCUCCUUGUGCUGUCUCGGAGGCGCAGGAAAUGGCUGUUCGAAUCGAUACACCUGCAGAAAGUCAGGCUGCUAUAAUUGCUGUGCAGCCUGUUAUAAAGUCUUCUGGGAGAGCUAAGUUGCCCUCACAAUCUAGCAACACGAAUUGUUGGAAGUUUCCGACAGCAGGGGGGGAUUGGAAACUCAUUCAGACAGAGAGGGCUGAAAAUGCAGGACUCCCUGGGGGCAAAGUUAUAAGCUUUAGAAAGGAGGUCAUGAACAUGGGUGUUAGCCUUUGUGAGGUUGGUAAUUCUGAAGUAUUAGAUCCUCGUAGGCUGAUCCACGGAGUCGUGGUUUCCCAGUACAAAAAACUAGAGGUUCCAGCUUGGGCCUGCGCUGCUGUUUACAAGGUGAGAAAUACCGUUGAUAGUCAGUCGGUGCACCCUCCUCUGACUGACUCAAUAGCUAGUAAAGCUGGCGGCCCUUUCGAAGUCGUUCCAACCAAAUGUACUGCUGCUACUCAUAAAUCCUCGAAAGAAUCCAGUGCUGGAGGGAAUGUUCCAGUUGAAACGUCCGGAACUCGUGGGAAAGAGCCUGGCUAUACUACAAAUCCUCGGAGAAAGCCUGGGCAAUUGCGCAUUAAAAGAAAGAAAUCUGAAACGAAACUUACCUUGCCUAGGACUGUUUCUGCAGCAAACCAGAACACUGCGAGUGUCACAGCUCAAGUUGUUCUACCAGGGACUACUUCAGAUAUCGACUCGCUCAAUGGAGUAGCUGAUACUGCCUCCAAAAACGUUGGUCGCAAUUCUGUGGAGUUAACACAUCCUCUUCCACAGCCGGAUCAACAGUCUGGGGGUGAUGCUCAAGAUUUAUACUCGUUCAGUGGCAAAGUUCCUGCUGUCGCAUUUAAAUGCACCAAGAACCCCGCCUCAGUAGUGUUAAGAAAGCACGAGUUACAGCUGGAAAGCGGUGUCUGGCAUUACUUGGAUGCUGCAGGCCAUGAGAGGGGACCAUUCCUCAUGUCUGCUUUACAGGGAUUUGUUGCAGAAGGAGGAUUGCCUGCUGGAGCAAGUGUAUUUAGGAAAAGAGACAAUCUAUGGGUCCCGGUCUCUCACCUCAUACAGCUUCAUAAUGCACACGCCCCAGCUUUUGCGUCAAAGCCACUGCCUCAUUCUCUUGAGAGAAGCGGAUAUCCCGUGAGGCCCGCUGUUCCUUCUGGAGCAAUUUCCUGUGAGGAUCCCGCACAUACUGCACAUCCUGCUCAUCCCGAUCUGAUGGAGUUAGAUGUGCGAAGUGUUAGUUCUUCGAUAUUCCAUGAUGAUCACCCACAAUUUCUUGGGUACACUAAUGGGAAAUUACAUGAACAUGCCAUGAAAUCCUUUAGAGGCAGCUUUGCAGGAUUCUUUAAUGAUGCUUUGGAUGUCUGGUCCAAUUCGAAGCGUUCGGUUGCACUGCCGGAAGUUGUGUCGCUUGAUGCAACAUCGGAAGAAGACAUUGCUCUAUCAGCAAGUGCCGUUGUAGAUGUGGCAUGUCCAAUCUCGAUGAAGCGGAGCUCUGGAUUGAAAAAGGUUGGUGUUAAGACUGGUAAUGAUAGCAGGCAGGAUGUAGAGACCCUGAAGUCCCAUCAGUCUCCAAGUCAGGCUCUUGAUGACGACUCUCCUUUCAAUGCCAAGUCUAUCCGAAUGAGGAAAGAAAAGGCUGCCGACAGUGCUCCUUUGGGUUCAGAAACAAUCUCUUCAAAUGUGGAUGGCAGCCCAUUCAUGGUGGAACAUAAUUCCUGGAGUGAUGGUGGACGUUCUGCUGAAGACGUGCAACUCUGCAUGCGGAGUUUACCCCAUAUGUCUGUGGUUGAGUUGGAUGGAAGCAGCAGCACAGCGUCACAAGUGGCUGUUCAUGCAACUAUGGCUACAUCUGCAGAGAAGAAGGCAAAAGAAGUUCCUUCUGAUCAAGAAACAUCUGAAACAGGUGCAGUGCACGGAAAGCACUCAAACUUGGACGCAGGAGGAAGUUCGUCACAGACUGGACGGGCAUGGCUACCACCUAGAAUAUUGACGAAAGUUUUGCGCUUGCUGCGGGGCGAUCCCAAAUCACUUGUUGCAGCUAUGGCCACUUGCCAGUCAUGGAAGAAUUGUGCUCAAAGCAUCAGAAUGUCCACCAAGCAUGUUGACCUGUCUGGGUUAGGAUCGCAUUGUAAUGAUGCAAUUAUUGGUGGUUUGUUGGGUUUUGGCGGGGGAAAGUUGAGGCGUAUAACAUUGGACUAUUGUUUGAAUGUGAGCUCUAAAGCACUUGGGCGCUUGCUGAAGUCUUAUCCCUCAAUCCGUGAAGUUUCAAUUAGUGGUUGUGUGCAGCUAAGUGAGUUGGUCGAACUUUAUCCUCAAGUAAGUUGGGUUGGUAAUCCAUUUGCCAUUCCUCAUGGUCUUGAAUCUCAACGGCAUAAUUUGAAGAAUAACAAAACGAAUCCCAAGAGCAGUGGUAUCAAGCGCGAAUUUGGAGAUGAUGUCAACAGUGGAUGUUCUUUAGACGAGACUGGUUAUCGAGAUAAAAGUACAGAAGAAAGCGAAAGUCCAGGAAUCAUCCGCAGGGUAGUUCACACCCUCGAUCCGCUAUUAAAGGAUGUAGACGCGUUGCAAGUGGGAUAUCCAUCUCGAGAUUCCAAGAGACUCAAAUCAAAUGCUGUGAACGGAGUGCGCAAUGGCUUUGGCGUUAGUCCUGGCAAACACAGUGUGGGCAAGCGGAAACUGAAUAGCAAGCUAACCACGAAGACGCAAUUCAGUGUUCGAAGUUCGUUAACGAAAGCUGCAGUUUCUAGUGAAAAACCUGACAACACCGGAAAGGAAGUUUUAUCAAAUUUUAAGAAUGCGGAGAAGGAUCUUGAUAAAGCGCUGGCGAAGGCGCUCAGAGUUGUCAUGGAAGCUGACUCCGAACAUGUCUUUUACCGCUUGGCAAACGAGCAAGUGUCCGAGGGGAGAGGAGCCUUUACCAAGCCAGCGCAAGCAGACUUUUGUUCUGUGCAGAAAAAGCUGAAAAUGGGUCAUUACGGAGGAAAAGAUGGGGUAAAAUCAUUCAAGGAGGAUCUUCUCCAACCUCUCCGUAAUGCCUUCAGAUUGGAACAUGACUCUCUUAUGUAUAAGACAGCAGGACGAUUAUUCAAGGUUGCACACCAAGUGGGACAACAAUUGGAUAAAUUACUCUCAAAAUCUCAGAACAGAGAGCUCGCUGAUGGUCAAAGUAAGGCUCUUAGCAGUUGUAUUACUUCGACACGCACUCUCUCCAAGUCGAAAGGGUCAAAAGAUCUGGCUGUUGAGAAACAGCGUGGUUCAAAGCGAUCUUGGGAUUCAGAAACAGGGGGGACCCGCUUUGUCAAGAGAAAGGUAUUAAGCUUUGCUAAUAUCAGAUCAGAUGGGGACAUAGCCAGUAAGGACUCUGACUUGCAAGGAUCAAUUGAUAGAGAUGAGCGAGAGUCUCGCAGAGAAAGGAUGAGAAGGAACCAGUGGACCGAAUCAGAAGCAGAAAGUUCUGACGAAGAGGACAUUGAUGAAGCUUUAUAUGAUGAACCGGAGGAGGAGGACACAGAGACCUCAGGGUCGGAUGUUGCCAGCAAAUCUGGAAUAGCAGAUGAGGCUAUGGAUGACUACAACGAUGGUUCAGAGAGCGAUGAUGCAUAUUCCGGUUAUGGUGGAGAAGGGAGUAGUCGAGAUUGGUGGGGAGCUAGGAUGACUAAAGCAGCCAUGGUGCCUCCUUUGACACGCAAGUAUGAAGUGAUCGAGGAGUACCGGAUUGUUGACGAUUAUGAAAGGGUGGUUGCCAAGAUGAAGGUUGAACUGCCAGAUGAUUAUGAAGAGAAGUUACGGGUGGCAAAGAAAGGCGGCGAUCGGUUUGCUCACUUGGAUGUUCCCGAACUUAAGGAAUUUAAACCUCGGAAGCGGUUGGGCGAAGAAGUUUUGGAGCAAGAGGUUUAUGGAAUUGAUCCAUAUACGUACAACUUAUUACUCAAUACUAUGCCGGCCGACACUGAAUCAUUUACGGACAAGCAGAAACAACUCUUCAUCGAAGAGAAGUUGUUGCGGGCUUUAAAUCGAGAAGUCAGUUCAUUUACAGGGAGUGGGAAAGCCCCUAUGGAGUAUUCUCUUGAGAAAGUCAUAUCACACAUUUGUAGUGAUGUGCAUGCGGAUCAGCCUCUGCAAGUAUUCUGCAGAAGUUUAUUGAAGAAUAUGAAAAGCCAUCUUAAUGAUAAAUAUGUAGCUUACAGAAAGGGCCUUGGUGUUGUGUGCAAUAAACCAGAAGGUUUUGACGACGGCGACUUUGUUGUAGAAUUCUUUGGAGAGGUAUAUCCACCUUGGAGAUGGUACGAGAAGCAAGAUGGAAUCAGAGCAUUACAGAAGAAGGAGAAGGAGCCAGCGCCAGAAUUUUACAACAUAGUGUUUGAGCGACCAAAGGGUGAUUCAUUAGGUUACGACGUCUUGGUAGUUGAUGCAAUGCAUAAAGCCAAUUUUGCAAGUCGACUAUGUCACUCGUGCCGACCCAACUGUGAGGCUAAAACCGUAUUCAUUGCCGUCUUCUGGAGCAGGGUCACAGCUGUAAAUGGGAAGUAUAUGAUAGGUGUCUAUACACUGCGCAAGAUUGAGUUUGGAGAGGAGCUUACAUUCGACUAUUGUUGUGUUACCGAGAGCAAGGAGGAGCACGAUUCUUCUGUUUGUCUUUGUGGAAGUCAGGGUUGCAAGGGCAGCUACUUAUGCUAUACAGGACCUGGAGCGUAUGAUGAGGUACUUAAGGAGUACCAUGGCAUCCUUGACCGCCACAAUCUCUUACUGCAGGCGUGCACAAGUGGGGCAGUGACUUUCCGAGAGCAGGAAGAUCUCAAGCAGGCUGGUCUUGGACCAUGUUUGCUGGAUGGACUUCCACAGUGGGUCAUCAAAUAUGCUGCCGGAAUUGUUUCAUAUCUGAAUUUUGAACGGCAACGGCUUCCCGAUGAACUUAUGAAAGCUGAGAUGCUGAAACAAACUGGAAUCGAUAUCGAUAGACAGGACAUUGAAGUUCAGACUGAGGGAGUCUACAAUCAACGGCUUCAGAAUCUUGCCAUUACCUUGGAUAAGGUUCGUCAUAUAUUGGUCAAACUGUAUGGUGAGGAGGCAAGCAAGGCACCUCCACCCUUACGGAUGCUUGAGCCUCAUGAGUUGGUGAAAUGCAUAUGGACGGGAAAGGACUCAAUUGUUGGAGAACUUCUUCAAUGUAUGGCCCUCCAUUCUCCGGAAGGUUUGGCAGAUUUGACUAAACAAAUCCAGGAGCACAACCCACCUCCUGGAGGGGAUAUAGAAGAAAAUCUUCGGAAGUCUCUACUCUGGUUGAGGGAUACUCUUCGCAAAGUUCCAGCAACUUGUAUGGGUCGUCACGAUGCAGCGGCUGAUUUGAUACACCUCUAUGCAUAUACCAAGCACUUCUUCACAAACUACGAUUAUGGGAUGGUUGAUUCUCCACCUAUCUUAAUAUACGCAUGUGAUCUGGGUCCAAAACAUUCAGGCGCGGGGCCAUACAUGUGGCGCAAGAGCUACAGCAAGAACUAUAUUUGGGGUCAAUUGAUUUCAUGGUUCCGACAAACUUCAGCGGAUCCUGGAGCGAGUUUGGUUCAGGACCGCCGUGGAUGCCUUAUGCUUCCGGAUAUUUCGUCUUGCUACGCAAGAACCAUUCAACAUGACUUUCGGUGUGGAUACAGCGAUAAAGAUCGCAAAAGGAUGAUCUUGCACAUGGAGACUCAUCCACAGAAAAAAUGGACGCGGAAAUUUACUCCCGAGUUGUGGAACUUCAAAAGUGAUAGAGGCCUGUUUGGUAGCCCGAUGUUGGAUGCGGCUGUUGCUAAAACCAAGCUGAACAAAGAGUGCAUACAUUGGUUGAAGACUCGCGAGACUGUGUUUCAUGGUCCUUGGGAUGAAGACUAGGACUGUGUAAAACUGCCCUCGCGGACAUAGCCGAGUUGGAGCAAUCUCUCGUUUUAAGUAAAUCUUCCGACGCCAAGCCAUGAAUUAGUUGGACUUUGGACUAGUCACGAGCUAUUUGGUGACUAGUUGUGAAUGCUUUGGAGUCUACUCCUCCAAUCUGUUUAACAUCUUGUACAGUUGAUUUUUCGAUGAGUAGUGGCAAGAUACCGGAAUUAUUGCUGUUGACCAGCCUUGCUUGAUGCAAGGUUCCGAUUUGGCUUUUGUGUACCAUUUUAGUUAAUAGUGAAUUGCCCUAAUGGGUUCCAUUUCAGUUGUCAGUUACCUUACGAAAUUGUACACCAGACUGCGGAGAACUUACAGUUUGAGUUUUACACCAUUUGAAUGAACAUAUUUAUUUGAGUGCCUGGAUCGGUUAGAUUU